AUGGGAGACGUUGUUUGCGAGGAGCUGGAAGAUUUGGUUCAUUUUUCGGUGCACGACCUUCCCGCCAGAGGCUAUGUCGUCAUGGAAGAAAUACGACGGCAGGGGAAACUCUGUGACGUCACGCUCAAGGCGGGCGAGCACAAAUUCAGCGCCCACCGCAUCGUGCUGGCCGCUUCCAUCCCAUACUUUCAUGCCAUGUUCACCAACGACAUGGUGGAGUGCAAGCAGGACGAGAUCCUCAUGCAAGGGAUGGACCCCAGUGCUCUGGAGGCUCUGAUCAACUUUGCGUACAGCGGCCACGUCGCCAUCGACCAGCAAAACGUUCAGUCUCUUCUGAUGGGUUCCAGCUUCUUGCAGCUGCAGAAUGUCAAAGACGCUUGCUGCUCCUUCCUGCAGGACAGGUUGCAUCCAAAAAACUGUUUGGGAGUGCGUCAGUUUGCCGAGACCAUGAUGUGCACGUCGCUCUACGACUCUGCCAACGACUUCCUGCGCCGGCACUUUGUAGACGUGUCCUCGUCGGAGGAGUUCCUCACCCUGAGGACAGACGAGCUGCUCGAGCUUGUCGCCUGCGAUGAACUCAAUGUCAAAACGGAGGAACAGGUUUUCGAAGCGGCUCUGUCUUGGGUCCACCACGAUCGUGCCCGACGUCAAUCUCUGCUGCCGGAGCUGCUGUCAAAGAUUCGACUGCCUCUUUGUCGUCCUCAAUUCCUGACGGAGAGAGUCCAGCAGGAAGAACUUGUGCGCUGCUGCCAUAAAUGCAGAGACCUCCUGGACGAGGCCAAAGACUUCCACUUGAUGUCGGAGCGUCGUCCCCACCUUCCUGCCUUUAAGACGCGUCAGAGGUGCUGCACGUCCAUUAUGGCGCUCAUCUACGCCGUGGGAGGACUCAACAGCUCAGGCGACUCGUUGAACGUAGUGGAGGUGUUCGACCCGGCGGGGAACUUCUGGGAACGCUGCCAACCAAUGAGGACGGCCCGCAGCAGGGUUGGCGUGGCCGUCCUCAACGGACUCCUCUACGCCAUCGGCGGUUACGACGGCCAAUCGCGACUCAGCACCGUGGAGGUCUACAACCCCGAAACAGACAGUUGGACCAGAGUGUCCAGUAUGAACAGCCGACGCAGCGCCAUGGGAACAGUGGUCGUUGACGGUCACAUUUACGUGUGCGGAGGCUAUGACGGAAAAUCCUCCCUCAACUCUGUGGAAUGCUACACACCUCACACCGACAGGUGGAUGGCGGUGACAGAAAUGAGCGCCAGUCGCAGUGCCGCCGGCGUCACCGUCUUUGACGGACGCAUAUUUGUCUCCGGAGGACAUGACGGAUUACAGAUAUUCAACACAGUGGAGUAUUACAACCAUCAUACCAAGCGCUGGCACACGUCCUCGCCCAUGUCUAACAAGCGUUGUCGUCACGGAGCGGCUUCCCUGGGCAGCCAGCUGUAUGCCGUUGGUGGCUACGACGGUUCCGGCUUCCUUAGCGGCGCCGAAGUCUACAGCUCAGCGUCGGGCCAGUGGACCCACUUAGCGCCCAUGAACACGCGACGCAGCAGAGUGUCUUUAGUGGCCGCCUCGGGGCGCCUCUACGCCGUGGGCGGCUACGACGGCCAGACCAACCUGGGAUCGGUGGAGAUGUUUAACCCCGACACAGCCCGCUGGACCUUCAUGGCACCCAUGGCCUGCCAUCAGGGUGGCGUGGGCGUGGGCUGCGUGCCCCUGCAGCCCGCUUAA